AUGGCUGGACUCCUGAAGUGGGCCAAAAGUGCCGUCAGACGGGCACCCUCUCCACCACGGCAAUACUCGAAUGUGAAAAUCCCAUUUAUCAACCCAUCAGAAAAGGUUGAAGAGGAAAAUUUCGGAAUUGAGCGAUAUUACCCAGCGCGUAUUGGGGAUGUUCUUUCCUCGCGGUAUCAAAUCGUCGGAAAGCUGGGGUUUGGAAAUUCGUCAACGGUUUGGCUUGCACGGGAUUUACAAGCCCAUCGUCACGUUGCCGUCAAAAUAUUUACAAAUGAUGGCCAGGAUACGGAUGAGAUUGCCAUUUAUAAGCACAUUCUUCUCAUCUUAUCGAAGAUACCUCUAUUCUUGCUGCUUUUGAGGAGGCCGAGAUUGCUCAGCCCUCACCGCGAAAGAAAGCGGUGCAUCGAGAAAUAUAUAUUUCCCGGACUCUAG